AUGGACGACGAGAUCUGGUCGCGGACGCUGGAGCACAUCCCAGGCGUCGCCUCCUUGAACAAGAGCGAGGUGCGGAAGGACGUCAAGGAGGUCGAGCAUCUCCUCGACGAGUACCGUAGCUCGUGCGACGCGUGGAAGGACCCGACGAAGCAGCCCGAAAUCGAUCCGGCGGCGCCAGAUGAGGCCGAGGACGCGGGCUCGUUGCAGCGACGCCGGCAGCAGCACCUCGCCAACUUGUAUUUAAACAAAGCCAUGCCGACCAAGAAGCGCAGCCGUGGGCGCGAAGUCAUGAGCGCCGAAGAGAUCAUCGAAACGCUGCCGAUCUGCCGGCGGGCCGUGCGCCUCACGCAAGCCGAGCUCAUGGCGCUCAAGCGCGAGCGCCUCGAGCUCGAAGACAACUACCUUCGCUUGCGCACGACGUUUAUCCACGAGAUCGAGCUCAUGAUGAAGGAAGAGAAGGACCAGGAGCGCGUCAUGCUGCGCAUCCGAAAGAAGACGGCGCAAGCAGCAUCGCGCUUGCUCUCGUCCAAGCGUCGCAACACGGCGAUGCAAGACAUUUUGACCGAGCUCGACGCACGAGGCGACUUGCUCUUCAAGCUCCAACACCAAGUGAGUCGGCUCCACGCGGUGCUGCGCCACCAUAAGAUUGACGCUGCGCAUCCCAAGACGACAACGGGGCCAACGCCCCUCGGAAUCGGCGACCUCGUGCUGUGCACGCCGACCAAAGAAGUGGGCGUCAUUGUGGCCAUGGACGAGAACGCCAAGCAGGUCACUGUCGACCUCCGCGACGAGAAGCAAGUCGAGAUGGCGAUGAACGACGUCGAGCCUGCCGAGGUCGACGAGCUGUCGUUCACACCGGAUGAAACGGCGCUCAAAGCUAAGUACUUUGAGAAGGCGAGCGAGUGGAUAAGCGCUGAAGCCGCCUUCAAGGAGCUCGUCGAGAAGGGGACACUGGACGACGAUGACGACAUGGACGACGACGAAGAGGACGACGACGACGACAACGACGACGCCAAGUCGAGCAAGCCCGAAGACGAUGCGGACCCGCCAAAGAAGCGCGCCAAGACAUCGGCCACGACGACGACCAAGCGCAAGACGACGUUGAUUCCGUUCAAGGGCUCGCGCUUGCAGGGCACGCCGUACGAGAUGCCACUGCUCAUUAGCCCCCUCGGGGAGCUGCCGGGCUUUGCCGUGGCGGCCGCGCCCAACGGUGACGCUGCCAACAUGCAGUGGCUCGGCGCCAGUUUGCCCUCGGACCUCGUCGAGUGGGAGAACGACCGUCUCGAGAUGAUGAAGAUGAAGGGCGAGAUUGAGCGGCUCAAGUUUCAAUUGCGCCAGUCGGAAGUCCAAAAGAAGGAUGCGCAGCACCAUGUGAGCGUCCAGCUCGAGUCCAUCAACAAGCUCGUGUCGCAGUUGGAGAAGGAGCGCGAAGCCUCGAAAGACAAGGCGUCCAAGAAAAUCAACGGCAGUAAGAAGCGGGAGCGCCGCGACAGUCUCAGCGAGUCGACGGGGCCGUCGUCGCCGAUCAAGGCCGGUAGCGACGAGUCGCCUGCUGAGACACUGCCCUCGAGCAGCAGCACCAAGGAAGAAAGCGACCAUGACGACGACAACGAGAACGAAUCCAAUGGCAGCGAGGUCGUACCGCGCCGAACAACGCGGUCCGGGAAGCUCACCAAGCCCGAGCCGGCCUCGGAGAAGGCAGCACCCAAGCGCGGCAAGAAGGACGAGGCGGCAAAAGAAGAGAAGGCUGCUGUCGCGCGGCGGUCUUCCACGCGAACCAACAACCCGCGCGGCCCGAGCAACGCUGCCAAGGGCAAGGACGACAGCGAAGCCAACGGCAGCGGUGUCCGGCGCACCAGCGGUCGCGUCUAG